AACACUCGAAUCACGUUGCUAUGGCGUGGAGGGUAUGAGUAUAAGGACAUCCACGAAUGGAAGGUGGGUUACAACGUCGAUAAUAUAAAUAUGCCCCUCCACAACAGGAUCAAGCUCAGAAAACUACGCAGACUUUUCCGUUGAGUCCUUCGCUUGCUCAAAAUGGUCUCGGAAGCUCCAAAGAUUGAAGGUCUGUUCUCUGAGCAGUCCCGCUAUGGGACUGCGGACAUCGGGUCGUGGUACUCCCUCAUCCGUAACAACCCUCUUACAUCGGAUUGUCAAGUCAUCGGGGUCGGCUGGUACAAGAAACGGAAAGGGGUAGAGGAUGAGUUCUUGCGGUUUGACAUCUCUUCCCCCGACAAUCAGCACACAUCCAUUGUCAUUGCCGAGAAGAGUGGUGGUGGUGUUCGCAGUCCAAACUCCGACGCCACACAAGCUGUCGAUAACCUUGCUCGAACGGACAUAGCGGUACACGCCACGGCGUCGCCGCUCACUCCACCAGAGACUUCUGUACUCUCACCUGAUGUCGGCGAUUCCACUGCAAGUAGUGCCGACGAAAGGAGUCCUCCGCUAGACAAAGUUACUCAGAGCGACGGGAAAAAAAAACGGAAGAUGAAUACCGCCCAAAUUGCAGCUUCUUUUUUCUCCAGUUCCAAGCGGGACGCCUAUAAUCGCGUUCAUUUUGGAACGCGUCUUACUGCAGCAGGCGCUCAGGUGGAGGAGAUGUGCGACAAGCCUCAACGUCUCUGUAUUUUAUCGUUUACUGGCGCAAGGCCCACUGCAAACGAGCUAGCGACCUUGCUUUAUGUAACCUCGGCACAGGAGCCCAAGUACGCCAUUGCCCAAACACAAUGCUACUGGUUCGUUGCAACUGUGUUUGAUGCUCUCAAGAUGCUGUACAAGGGUACCGUGCAAGAUAACCUGACUCAUCGGGGGGGUACAAUUCGUGGGGUACCAGUGGCUAUCAAGGCGAGCGGGAAAGAGGUGUGCGCCAAGUAUCGUGAAGCUCGAGCUGCGUUGGCCGAGGAAAUUGAACAGGAGCGCAGGCUUAAACAACAGCAAGAGGAAGAGAGGCAACGAGAACGCGAGCAACGCCAGGCCGCAGAGGAAGCCGAGGAAAGGGCACGGGCAGCGGAGGAGGAAAGACAGAGAGAAUACAAGGUAGCGCAGGAAGAGAUUGCGAAGUUGCAACGCGAACUGCAGGCGUUGAGGAGAGCGGGGACAAAUACUCAACAGGCUUGAUGGAUGGUGCCGGCCGCACAUAUACUUAUACCAGUCUCGCUUUUUCCUUGUCAUUCCCGGACUGCAUACGAUACGAGUCCAUGCUUUUCAAUGUUGACAUUAGCGGAUGUCACGACAUCUGUCUAUCUAACUGCCUUAUUACCAUCACUCCUGGGGUUCUCAGGUGUAUGCCCCUGACAUUCUGC